AUGAAAUUUGGGUUUCUUUUUAUAAUCUUUUCCAUAGUUACCAAUCAUAACAUAUGCGCAUACCCUAAUAAUAAGCGACUGCCUACCAUUAAUUUGGUAAAAAGAGUGAGCGUUGAUACUAAUGAUACAAAUGCAAUUACGAUUUGCGAACGUAUGAAGAAAGCGGCCAUAAACAAAUAUUCUAACUAUAGAGAUCUUAAUUCAGCAUCUUCUAAUAUAAUAACUUCUAAUAAUGGAACGUCUUCUAAUGCAACAGCUUCUAAUAAUGGAACAUCUUCAAAUAUAGCAACAGUAUCCAAUACAGCAACUUCUAACAAUAUUUCUGGGAAUGGUCAAUGCACCACGCUUAUAAAAAAUAUGGCGUUAGAUGAAGCAUAUUAUGGAAAAAUGAUUGUUGGUAAUCAAAAAUUUAAUAUGUUUUUAGAUACUGGAUCUUCAAAUUUCUGGAUUCCAAAUAAGAAUUGUACUUCUGCUUCUUGUCAAAAUCAUAAUAAAUAUGAUUCAAGUAAAUCAUCAACUUUUAAACCAGAAGGUAAUCCGUGGUCUAUCUUGUAUGGUACUGGUUCUGCUUCUGGUGUUACCGGAAUAGAUAAUGUUCAAAUUGGACAGAUUACUUGUAAAAAUCAAAUUAUUGGUCUUGCAGAUAAUGAAUCUGAUGAUUUUUUAACAUUAGAAAAUGAUGGAAUUUGUGGACUAGCAUUUGACAGUUUGAACACUAUAAAUAAUGGCGCUCCAACAAUAAUCUCUACUUUAAUUGCACAAAAGAAAAUUAAUCCAAUUUUUAGCUUUCAUUUCAAUCAUUAUUACGUUUAUGAUGAUCAAGGAUCAUUUACUUUAGGUGGUGUUGAUGAAAGUAAAUUUAAUGGAGAAAUUACAUAUAACAAUGUGAUUCCUAAUUUUUUGAUUCCUGAUUAUGGAUUCUGGGCAAUAAAACUAGAUGAUGCAAAGGUUAAUAGUAGUCCACUGUCAUUUUCUGGAAAGAUUGCAGUAAUUGACACUGGCACUACACUUAUGUUAAUACCACCAAAAGAUGCUGCAGCAAUUCAUAGCCAAAUUUCAAAUUUUGAAUACGAUAGUCAAUAUGGUGUCUACAUUAUCCCUUGCGAUACCACUGCUGUUGUUUCUCUUGAAUUUGGAGGCGUUGAUUAUAAAAUUCCAUCCAGAGAUUUAAUUUUUUUACCAAUAUCUAGCACUCAGUGUGUAUCAUCAAUUUUACCUGUAGCUGUUUUCGGUGAUCCUGAUGCCUGGCUCGUCGGCCAAACAUUCAUAAAAAAUGUAUUUUCAGUAUUUGAUGUGGAAAAUAGAAGAGUUGGAUUUGCAAAUAGUAAAUAA